CUGCUGCAGCUGUUUUAUUAGGCUAGUGGGCUGGUGAUAUGAAGUGGAGAAUGGUUAUUGGAUGUUUAAUUAACUGCAUAAAGGGAAUUUAUCAAAAAGUAGAGCCCAUAGACCACUUUCAUGGCCAAUUUUUGACUUAAAACACUGCUGCAGCAGGCCAGCAGCUUUAUUAUUUUUUAAAAAAAUUUUGCUCAGCUGCUCUAUUACUGUUUUAUUAAUUUUGCUGCCAUCUGUCAACUGCUAUAUUAUUGUUUUGACAAUUUGACUUGUGUGACUGAAUUAUCAUUCUAUUUUUUUUGUAGUAAGUUGUAUUUUUUUAAUGGCACAAAAAAAGGAUCCAGCCUGGGCAUAUGGAAUUGCCAUGGGAAGUAACACAAAAAUCAAAUGUGUUUUUUGUGAUAUGACAUAUAAUGGCGGAAUAUUUCGUCACAAAAAGCAUCUUAUUGGUGGUUAUAAAGAUGUUAAAGUGUGUCCAAAGGUCCCGAAUAGUGUGAAGGAAGAAAUAAAGGAGUAUUUUACGAAAAAAAAUGAAUUUAAAACUCAAAUGAAUCCUGAAGCAUCCAUGGUUAAUCUUGUUGAUAAUGAUGAAAUGGAUGAUGAAGUUGAAGUGAAUAUGCCAAUGGGACCUCCCUCAAAAAAGAAACCUUCAACUAGUGAAAGUGGGUCAUCCACCACUAGCAAUGUCAAAGGUCCUCUUAAUCUCUAUUUCUCGCAAAAACCAAAUGAAAAGAGAAAAGGUGGACCUAUUGAUCUAGAGGCUUCUAGCAAGAUUUUACGGGAUCGUGCUGUAUCUGCUUUUGCUAGAUGGAUGUAUGAUGCAGGAUUGUCUUUCAAUUGUGUUAACUACACCGAAAGUUUUGGUGAAUUCAUUGAGGCCGUAGGCCAAUAUGGCCCUGGAAUGAAGCCCCCUACCUAUCAUGAGGUAAGAGUUCCUUGUUUAAAAAAUGAGGUGGAAAAGACAAACAAAAUUGUAGAAGAUCAUAAGGUUCAAUGGAAAACGUAUGGUUGUUCCAUUAUGAUGGAUAAAUGGACAGCAAGGAAUGGGAAAAUGAUCAUCAAUGUUUUGGUGAAUUCUCCAAAAGGGAGUGUGUUCCUUGAAUCUCAUGAUGCUAGUGACUCUUCUACUGAUUCAAAUAAGAUGUUUAACUUGUUUGAGAAGACUAUCUUGAAAAUAGGCAAGGAAAAUGUGGUACAAGUUGUGACCGAUAACGCAAGUGAGAACAAAAAAGCGGGUGACAUGUUGAAGGGAGUGUUCCCGCAUAUUUUCUGGACUCCUUGUGCUGCUCAUUGUAUCAACUUGAUGUUUGGUGACAUUUUCAAAGAGGCCCCGUAUUCUACAGUUUUUGGUAAGGCUGUUAAGAUACAUUCUUAUAUCAGUCAAAGGGCACUGUUGUUGAAUAUGAUGAGGAGAUACACAAAGCAAAGAAACUUGGUAAAACCUGCUAAGACAAGAUUCGCAACAGCUUUUUUGACAUUGCAUAGUUUUUAUAUGCAAAAGAAAAAUCUGAGAACCUUGUUUAUGUCCAAUGAAUGGAAUGAGAGUGUCUAUGCAAAGGAAACUCUUGGGAAAGAAGUUGCGAGACACAUCAUCAGUCCAUAUUUUUGGAAUGACACUGUUCAAGCACUUAGAGUUGGUGGUCCUUUAAUUAAUGUACUUCGUAUGGUGGAUGGGGAGAAAAAACCACCAAUGGGCUACAUUUAUGAAGCCAUGGAUAGGGCCAAAGAAAGUAUUGAAAAGGCAUUCAAUUAUGAUGACAGGAAAUAUAUGAAUGUUUUCAAAAUCAUUGAUGCAAGGUGGACGGAUCAACUUCAUCAACCUUUACAUGCAGCUGGACAUAUUUUGAACCCGGGGCUCUAUUAUAAAAAUAAUGAGAUGAAGACUUUAACUGAAGAAGUGUGGUUGGGAUAUCAUGCAUGUGUUGAGAGGAUGAUCCUAGAUAAAACUUUGCAAGACAAAAUAGGGGAUGAGCUUGGUGUGUACAUGAAAGCUGAUGGGCUACUUGGAAUUGAGUCGUCCAUUAGAGCUAGAACCUUAAGGUCACCAGUUGAAUGGUGGAUGCAAUAUGGUCAUAAUGUCCCAAACUUGCAACAAUUUGCUAUUAGAGUGCAAAGUUUAACUUGUAGCUCAUCCGGUUGCGAGAGAAAUUGGAGCGUGUAUGAACAUAUUCAUACAAAAAAGAGAAACAGACUUGAGUUAAAACGCCUGAAUGAUCUAGUGUUCAUCAAAUAUAAUAGAACAUUGGUGCGUCGCUACAAUGCUCGCAAUACCAUUGAUCCAAUUUUAUUGGAUAAUAUUGAUGAUGCAAAUGAAUGGUUAACUGGAGCACCCCAAAAUCAUGAAGAUGAAGAAGUAUAUGAAGGAGAAGGUCUCACUUAUGGUGAAGUUGCUACGGCUAGUGGUGUGGAGGAGAAUAUUUAUGGUUUAAGGGGGAGUACUUUAAGGGGCAAGGAAAAAAGAGUAGCUACAGGUUCAAGUUCAUGUUCAAAAUCAAAUAGAAGUAGAACUCUUGUUGAUGAGUCCUCCGAUGAGGAAGAAGAUGAGGACCAAGUAGAAGUAGAACCCUUGUUGAUGGCACUUCAAGAGUUUGAGGAUCUUGUUGAAGAAUAGGAUUUUGCUCUCUUUGUGAUUUGGUUAUGCAUUUGCUUUAUAUGUUGUUACUUAUGAGGAUUAUUGACUAUCUAGUUACUUUUUAAUCUAAGUCUUUUGAGUUCUUGAUUAUUUAUCUAUGCAUAUUUUAUAUUUUAUAUUUUAUAUUUUAUAUUUUUAUACUAAAUAGCGCUUUUUCUGAAAAAAGCAUGCGCUUCGCUUCACGCUUCUCGCUUCUGUGAAGCGAGCCCCCGUCGCUUUUUUCCGCUUCUCGCUUCUCAAAAC